AUGCUCCUCCGUCUCCUACUACUCCUCCAGGCGGUGGUCUAUGCCAUCUACCUAGGAUGGCCCAUGGAUGAACAGCUCCCCAAUGUGGCUCGUGUCAACCAGCCUUACGAGUUCACCAUUGCCUACCUCACGUAUCGGUCCAACAACGGUGGCUCCAUCUCCUACUCCGUCUCGGGCUUGCCUGACUGGCUCUCUUUUGAUGAGCUGUCUCGAACCUUUUCAGGCACGCCAUCGGAGAAGGACGCCUCGUCUUUUGAAAUAACAUUGACUGGAAAGGACGACUCGGACGACUCAGAAAUGACCAGAGAGUACUCCAUGCUUGUGUCCAACAGCACGGGCAUCAAGUUGACGUCCCAGGAUGUCAUGUUCACCACAAUUGCUAAGUACGGCAACACCAACGGCAGAGGCGGUCUCGUUUUGUCUGAGGGCGAGGAAUUCAACAUAAAACUCUCGGAAGACAUGUUCGAAGAGAAGGACGGUGCCCUGCGACCAAUUAUCGCCUACUACGGCCGUUCCAGCGACAGAACAUCCUUGCCCAGUUGGGUCACUUUCAACUCGGACGACUUGUCGUUCUCAGGAACGGUUCCUUACGUCACGUCCAACAUAGCGCCCUCGUCGUCCUACGGCUUCAGCUUCCUCGCUUCCGACUACUAUGGCUUUUCUGGAGCCGAGGCCACCUUCAGCAUCUUGGUUGGCGCUCAUUCCUUGAGCACCUCGCUCAACGAGUCAAUCAAGAUCAACGGCACUUUUGGCUUGGACUUUGAGUACCAGGUGCCCGUUUUGACCUCGGUCUACUUGGAUGGCUCCACCAUCGAAAGCGCCAACAUCUCCUCGGUGACCGCCGACGACCUCCCCUCUUACGUUAAUUUUGACGACUCUAAUUACGUGUUGAGCGGAACCUUCCCAAACUCCCUGAGAAGCGAUAACUUCUCGAUUGUCGUCAAUGACAAGUACGGUAAUAGCGUGGAUUUGCCAUACAGAUUCGAGUCAAUUGGCUCUGUUUUCACUCUUAAGAACUUGCCUGAUGUUAAUGCCACAAGAGGCGAGUUCUUUGAAUUCCAAAUCAUGCAUUCGCUUUUCACCGAUUUCAAUGAUACCAAAAUCAGUGUCUCGCUCGACGAUAACGCGGACAGCUGGUUGUCCUACGACGAGUCCAACAUGACACUCUUGGGUCAGGCUCCAUCAGAUUUGAAGCUGGUCAAGGUGCUGAUCGAUGCAGAGUCGUCAUUCGACUCCGAGUCUAGAGACUUCUCCAUCAAGGGUGUUCGUAAAGAGGUUACAUCUAGCUCAUCCACUAGCUCGAGUUCUUCUGCAACUGCGUCGCCAACCUCCAGCUCCUCAGCAUCUGCAUCUACAACCUCCGAUUCGGUCAACAGAUCGCUGUCUGGUGGUAACAACCGCAAGGCCUUGAUCCUCGGUCUCUCAAUUGGUAUUCCUUGUUUCUUCCUCAUCUUGGCUCUUCUCUUAAUCUUCUUCUUGUGUUGCAGAAAGAAGAGAAGAAAUGACGAGGAGGAGAACGACAAGUCUAUGGAGGAGACCGUUAUUGAUGGUCCAGGCAUUGGAGUGACGCAUGAUAUGGACGAUCACACCGAGACACCUCAUCAACUUGGUGCCUUGAACGCGUUGAAACUUGAUGACGAUUCGGCUUCUACGCUGUCUUCUGUGACCCACGUUGAUAGCGAUUCCAACUCGAAAUAUUUCGACGCUUCUGAGAAGCCAAUGAAAUCAUGGAGAGCCAAGGACGAGUCUGACUUAACUGCAAUUAAGAACAAGCUCAUGCAACAAAGACACGCUUCUGAAAUCUCGAACAGUACUGUGAACACGGAGGAACUCUUCGCUGUUCGUCUUGUUGAUGAUGAGGCAAGAAGAUCCACUUCCCAGUCUCCUGGUAUGACUCCACUUUUCCUGAGAAACUCUCUUGACCAUAUAAUCGGAGAGAGUGGUUCAUCAGCUAAUAUCCAGAGACUCGACAGCGAUGGUAACAUUGUCGGCGACUCUCAAUCUAAUACCUCUCUGCCAAGGAAGAGAGCAGCCCAAAGCAUGAAUCUCAGAAACAUUGCAGAGGAAGAUAACCGUCAAAACAAGGACACGUUGUACCGCAACGACAAUAAUGAGUCUUCCAACUAUCACUUGAUGUCAAGAUACUUUAAUGACGCUAACUCAAGCAUAGGAGGGGAUGAAUUCAAGGCCGUGCAAACCUCGGUGGGAAACUACGAAUGGAGAAAGUCAAAGGAUGCUCUUGUGGAGUCUCCCGACUCCGAAACGUUCCUUCUCAAUAAUCCAGAGCAUACCCCAGUGAAUACGAAUCUCGAUCCAUCCGGCAACUUUGCAAAGAAUGCAUCGAAGACAUCAGUUUACUCUGAUGAUCUUCGCAGUGACUUCCCAUUUGGCUCAGGUAACGAUAGCAAGGCCAAAUUGGUUGAAUUCACCAGAAAGGGAAGUUUGAGGGACUCUUCCCAUACUCCUACCAUGGAGUUUUCAGGUGAGACUGCUCAAUUUCACGACGGCGAAAGCGGUGAAAGUGAUUAA